AUGCCCACGCCUCUCACAAAAACACCGGCCUCCUCGGCAACACCUUCUUCUUCCACUGCCGCACAGGCACCACCACCACCAAAACGAAAAAGCACCAGCGAAAUCGACGAUAUCUUUAGCGGCAAGAAACCGAAAACAGAAAUAGACGCCGACGGGUUCGCUAUCCCCGCCCUGCCAGUCCCAUCGAAACUAAGCAGAAAUCAGAAGAAAAGGCUAAAGGAGAAAGAGAAAGGGAAGGCGGCUGAAAGCGCGGAUACGGUUUCAAGUGCUGGGAAAGCGGUAGCGCCAUUGAUAGCAGACUCAAAGAAAAAAGAAGGGGAUCCACAGGAGGAGGAUGAUGAUGAUAGUGGUGCGGAAAGCGAGGACGGGCCUGACGACGACGAGGUGUUUGAAAACAUCACGGACGAGAAGGAGAUCCGGGCGCGGGUCGCUGAAGCGCGAACGACGCGACCCAAACCUGUCGUUGAGACGAUCGAGUUCAAAGACCCGACGUUUAGUAGUGGGAGUGGGAGUGGGGCCUUUGUGAAGCCGCCGAAUGAUGCGUUUGGUGAUUCUCGGGGGUUGAUUGCAACAAGACGGACAGAUGAUGGGUUUGGAGUGUUCACCACCGAUGAAUUGGCCAUUGGGAAAGGCGGAGAUACUCCACAAUGUCCCUUCGACUGCUGGUGCUGCUACUGA